GUUACAUCGUCUCACCAUCACAUUGCAGUAGUCUAAUAGCCUGGUAGAUAUCUUGCCUCUAUAAACAUCGGUUAGGUCCUACUUCCUUACCACUUACCAAAUACACAUACCUUAUUGAAGUCCAUAACUAUCUCUGUCAUCUCUAUUUCACAUCCAUCACUCACAAAAUGAAGGCCUCCCUAUUCUUUCUUUCAAUCGUGGUCGCCUCUGCGGCAGCCCUCCCUGUUGUCCAGCGGGGGACUGACACUGCUGCCACCUACCCUGUCGCUGAAGAGGAUAUCGUCACUCGUGGGACUGACACUGCUGCCACCUAUCCUGUCGCUGAAGAAGAUAUCGUCACUCGUGGGACAGAUACUGCUGCCACCUACCCUGUUGCUGAAGAAGAUAUUGUCACCCGUGGCACAGAUACUGCUGCUACAUAUCCUGUAGCAGAGGAAGACAUCGUCACUCGUGGCACAGAUACUGCUGCUACUUAUCCUGUAGCAGAGGAAGACAUUGCUGUGUAACAAAUAUCAAAUAGACAUCAAGAGUAUAUAGAUGCCUCAAGUAGCCUGAAUGAUGAGCAGUAUGACUGCUGGUUCAAAUAUA